UUUCAGACCCACCAGAUGGUGGAGAUUCGUGGACACACCAGGACGACGGCUAUAACUAUGCCACAGACAUGGUUCGACUGAUCAAACAAGAGCAUGGUGAUGAUUUCUCCAUUUGUGUAGCUGGUUACCCCACGGGCCAUCCAGAGUGUACUUCAUACCAGGAGGAUUUACGUCAUCUGAAAGCCAAGGUGGAUGCUGGGGCAGAUUUCAUAAUCACACAGCUGUUCUUUAAGGCCUCAACCUUCUUACAGUUUGUCAAGGACUGUAGAAAUAUUGGAAUCAACUGCCCAAUCAUCCCAGGAGUCCUCCCUAUACAGGCAUACCAAUCUCUACGUCACAUUGUGAAACUGUCAAGGUUAGAAGUUCCCCAAGAGAUUAUUGACACCAUUGAACCAAUUAAAGACAAUGAUGAAGCUAUUCGUAAUUAUGGUGUGGAACAGGCAGUACAGAUGAGCAGGGACCUCCUCAAUAGUGGGGAAGUGUAUGGUCUACAUAUUUACACACUCAACAGAGAAGUGGCCACCAUAGAAAUUCUCAAGAGACUAGGAAUGUGGAAGGAAGAUCCACAGAGAGCACUGCCAUUCAAAGUUACAGCAAAUCACAUGCGAUGUCGGGAAGAUGUUCGACCAAUAUUCUGGAGAUGCCGACCCAAUAGCUAUGUCCACCGCACUUCAAACUGGGACGAAUUCCCCAAUGGUCGUUGGGGUAACUCCUCUGCAGCUUCCUUUGGUGACUUGACAGACUACUACUUAUUUUACCUGAAGAAUCGGUCAUCCAGAGAGUCGCUGCUGAAGAUGUGGGGAGAUGAUUUGAGUUGUGAGCAGGAUGUUUGGGAUGUUUUCUACCAUUACAUCACAGGCCAGCCAAACAGUGGGGGUGUCAAGGUAUCAAGUCUACCAUGGCAGGAUGAUGAGCAUAUUAAAAAAUGGGGUUGA